UGCCAACACAACCAAACAAACGGUUGACGUUUCACCGCGUAGCAAGUGAAAGUUGUCACGUCGGUCAGAAUUUCUGUCAGAAAUAUUUUUGUGGGAUAAUAUUCUUAUUGGCUGCUAAUUGACGCAGGUUGUUGCCGGGAAAAAUGGGUGUAAAACCUGCAAUUGGAAGGAAAUCUAACAAGAACCCACCUAUUUUUAGCCAUGAAUUUGUUAUUCAGAACCAUGCGGAUAUAGUAUCAUGUGUGGUUAUGGUUUUCUUGGUCGGACUGAUGGUACAGGCGACGACUCCAAUUGCGAGCUUUUUCAUCAGUCUACACCACAAUGUUAGUGGCGUGGAGCCUACUAGGGAGGCGCCAAAAGGCGAGCCAUUCCUUUAUGAAGCUGGUUGGAAGGAUCUGUGUGCAGUGUUUUUCUACUCGCUUGUAUGCAUCGUUAUGCAUGCCAUUCUACAAGAAUAUUUCUUGGAUAAAAUCUCAAAGAAAUUCCACCUCUCGAAGUCAAGAUUAAGUUCUCUAAAUGAGUCUGGUCAGAUGCUGGUAUUCCAUCUUGUAACUUUCCUAUGGGGAGGUGACGCUAUUCUCCGAGAAGGAUUCAUCUUCAACAUUUCAUCUCUGUGGGAUGGCUAUCCCAACCACCCGAUGAGCUUCCUACUGAAGCUGUGGUGGAUCGUGCAGGCGUCGUACUGGCUGCACACCAUCCCCGAGCUGUAUUUCCAGCGCAUCAAGAAGGACGAGUGGGCCGGCCGCAUCCGACAGGCCGCCACCGCCUUCGCUUUCAUUGCCGUUGCUUACAGUUUCAAAUUCCAGCGUGUGGGAGUAUGUCUGGUGGUGCUUCAUUCCCUGGCUGAGUUUGUGGCGCACACCUACAGGCUCAACACCAUCCUGCGCGGCGAGCGAGAGGACUUCCUUGACAAAAUUUUGAGCGUGAUCAACGGCGCUGUGUUCGUGUCGGUGCGGCUGUGUUCGCUGGUGCUCGGCGUGCUCACGUUCUACUUCGGGCUGGCCGGGCCGGCGCCGCUGCUGCUGCGGGUGGCCGCGCUCUCGCUGCUCGUCUCCUUCCAGGUUUACCUAAUGUUCAACUUUAUAUCGGAGACGAUCAAGCAGAGGCAGGAGUCCCGCGCGCUGGCGGCGAGCCGACCCAAGAAGGAGAAGAAGGAGAAACCUAGAAAAGAAAAAGUGAAGAAAGAGAAGCCCCCAGUAGAGGAGUCGGACCUGCCCGAGGUGGACCAGAACACGAACAAGACGCUGCGGCAGCGGCAGCCCGCCGCCAAGGCCAAGUGAAUGUCCACUCUUAGUUCGUAAACUAUGACUCCCUCUCCUUACGCUUAACUCAGACGGAACACUCUCGAACCACAUUUGUAAAUCGGUGCCAGGUACGCACGCAAAAAAGCGGUCGUUAUUUCAGCUAGAAAUGAAACUUCCUGCAAUACAAUUCACCGUUCUGUAUCUGGUCCAGUUUCAAAGUGUUGCGUGUGAGUUAAGCUUAGCUCUGAGCUCGUGUAACCGUGUCUUUCCCUUCGUUUCCUUGUCCUCCAUUAGUCUACCACACUCGUCUGUCUAAGCACAAACAUCUACAGACUGUCUAACAGCAUUUAUUUUAUACUGUUGCCGUGUAGUGACCUCUUGUCUAUGAUAAUUGUAACGAUAGAUGUGAAUUAUUAUAAACGUAUAUUCAAUAUCUCAACGAGUACAUUAUAUUCAAUUUAUCGUAACUGUGUGGUAAAUUAUUAAGCAUGUAUAAAAAUGACUGUGCGAAAUAUUUUAUAAAACCUACAUCCGUUUAGACUGCAACGUUAUGUCGUAACGUAUAGUGGAUACAGGGUUGUAAAAAUAUCUCCUAAAAUGUAAAAAAAUGUUUAGGAUAAAUGUUGUUUAUAUAAAUAUUUGAUAAGGUAUAAGUACUGUGUGUUCAUACACAUUAAAAGAUGAAAAUUCCAUUUUAGUUUUGCGUUUUAAUUAAAUAAACAAUUAUUUUUCACUAGUUAAUGAUCAAUUCCAAUAGAUUUUACUUUUUGUACCAUUGAAAUUAUAUUUUUAUAGGUUGAUUUUAAAUAUUACAUGACAGUUUCUAUUUUUGUAACAUCGUGUUUUUCAAUGUUUGGUAUUUAAUUUAACCUUAUAAAUCGGUGCUCUCGAGAAUUUAUUUUAUUUAUUACGAUGCUGUUUGGUACCUACUUUCAGUGUUAGAUUCAUACAUAAGCUGAGGCGACUGUUGACAUGAGAUUUUAAUUCUUGAUUGUUGUUAUACUCGUAUGUGAAGUAAUGAAAUUCUUCUUUCUAAUGUGAAAAUGUGCUCAUAAAUAAAUUAUAAUAUAAUUUUCACAUGAAUUGUCAAUUUAAAAGCUUGAUGUUAUUUUUAUUUCAAAAUAAAUUUUGUAAGAAUA